AUGGGGAAUAGCCCUUCUACCCAGGAUCCAUCGCAUUCAAGUAAAAGGAAUCAUGGAUAUCAUCUACACGAAGCCUUUAAUAAAGAUCGUCAAGGAAGCAUAACCUCUCAACUGUUCAACAACAAGAAGAGUGUUCAUAAAAGACAUACUAGUCAUGCUAGCAGUCACAAAGCCGCCAUUCCCCAUAGAAUGCAAUUGCUUGCAUCCCACGAUGUAGCCUCGGAUUGUGAUAGUAGCGUCAACAAUGAUACCAUUAUUGAUAAGGAGCCUUCACCUUUGUUCAAAAAGGAUUAUUCUUUGGCUAAUGCAGCGGAUGAAAACGACACUACUUUGGCUAAUUUAUCAUUAAAUGAUGAUCAUGAUGGAAGUGCGCCCGAAGAACAAGUUAAAUCCCCAUCUUUCUUGAGUCCCGGUCCAUCAAUGGCCACCGUUAAGCAAACUAAAAGUGAUUUGGACGAUCUAUCCACUGUGAACUGUACCGUGGUUGAUGAAACGAUGGAAAACGAACGAAGUGGUCAUCCUCAUCAUGAGAGGCAUCGCUCAAGUAUUAUCGCAUUGAAGAAAACUCUUAUGGAAAACUCAGCUACCGCUUCCCCGUCCCCAACAAGAUCUUCAUCCGUACAUUCUGCGUCACUACCUCCAUUGACUAAGACAGGUUCUAUUGAUAUUCCUGUUAAACAAACUUAUUCAAAGAAACCAUCUGUCCAUGCUUAUCAGUAUCAAUAUCUUAGUCCUGACCCAACAUUUUCCGGCAAUUCACACACUGGUAAAGAAGCAAACGGCGAUAACAUAGAUGCUGAAGCAGGCGUGCUACAAAGCGAAGAUAUGGUCUUGAAUCAAUCUCUUUUACAAAACGCUUUGAAAAAGGAUAUGCAACGUCUUUCAAGAGCAAAUUCUUCCAAUUCCACGUAUACUAUGGGAAGGGAAAACCGUAUUAAUAAUAGCGAAAGUAACAUUGACGGCAAGGAAAAUUCAAUAGAUCCCAGUGAUGAUUCUACUGUGCCUAUAUCUGCCACUGCAAAAAUGAUGAUGAAGCUGUAUGGUGACAAAACGUUAAUGGAAAGAGAUUUAAAUAAGCACCAGAAUAAGACGAAGAAAGCUCAGAAUAAAAAGUUAAGGUCGGCUUCAAAUUCAAGAAGAUCGUCGUUUGCUUCUUUGCAUUCUUUACAAUCUAAAAAGAGUAUUCUAACAAAUGGUUUAAAUUUACAACCUUUGCACCCACUGCAUCCGAUUAUUAAUGACAACGAAAGUCAAUAUUCUGCGCCUCAACACAGAGAAAUUUCACAUCACUCAAACUCGAUAUCAAGCAUGUCUUCAAUAUCAUCAACAAAUUCCACCGAAAAUACUUUAGUGGUUUUAAAAUGGAAAAGUGAUACUAAUAUGACUGCCACCACAGAGGUCUCUAUAGUAAGUAAUGAUAUUGCUUCUGCUCUUAAAGAACAGCGAGAGGUUAACUUGGAUGACGAUGCAAGUUUGGACUCAGAAAAGCCAUUGAAUUCUAGGAUUCGCAUGAUUUAUGAUAGUGUACAUAGGGAAUGGUUUGUUCCCGAUCUUUUUUUGCCUGCCGGCAUUUAUAGACUACAAUUUUCUAUCAAUGGCUUAUUGACUCACUCAAACUUUCUUCCUACAGCUACAGACUCGGAAGGCAAUUUUGUCAACUGGUUUGAAGUAUUGCCAGGUUAUCAUACAAUUGAGCCAUUUAGGGAUGAAGCGGAUAUGGAUUUCCAAAUGAGAUCGACGCUAGAUGAAGAAGCGCCCAUAAGACCCGAACCUAAAAGAUUAUCCUCUUCUCGUAAAUCUUCAUAUUAUUCCGCAAAAGAUGGUGAAAGGCCGGGCACACCCUUCUCAGAUUACAGAGGAUUGAGUAGGUCAAAUUCGGUAUUUUUGCGAGGCUCAUUUGUUCGUUUGAAAGCAAGUAGUUUGGAUUUGAUGGCGGAGAUUAAGCCCGAAAAAUUAGAAUAUUCGAAUGAGAUACCAAAUUUAUUCAAUAUAGGCGAGGCCUCUACAACCACUUCAAAGGAUCAUUUUGAACGUUUGUCACCGCAGGACCGUCCCAGCUUUACGCAUAAAGUUGUUGACUGCAACCAAGAUGAUCUGUUUGCUACUUUGCAACAAGGCGGUAACAUUGAUGCAGAAACUGCAGAGGCCGUAUUUUUAAGUAGAUACCCAAUUCCUGAUCUGCCGAUAUAUUUGAAUUCAUCUUAUUUGAACAGAAUCCUCAACCAGAGCAAUCCAAAUUCAGAAUUCCAUGAUGGAGACGAAGGUGGGAUAAAUCAUAUCAUACCUCAUGUGAAUUUGAACCAUUUAUUGACAAGUAGUAUAAGAGAUGAAAUUAUCAGCGUAGCUUGUACCACAAGAUAUGAGGGGAAAUUUAUAACCCAGGUGAUUUAUGCUCCAUGUUAUUAUAAAACACAAAAGGCCGGGGGCAACAAUUGA